AGAAAUGUGUUUGAGAGCAAUAGGCAGGGCUUCACAAGUUUUUGAGUUGGAGUGGUAGGUAGGUGGGCGGGCUGGGAAGUAACCAGCUGUCAGUCAGAGAAGGCUUGUGUGGCUAACAGAGCUGUGGCGCACACAUCCUCAGGUUCCUCAUUCGAAUGUGGCGUUCUGGACUAGCAGAUGCAUGGAGCCGAAGCAGAUCAGACAGGGCUACCUGGUCAAGAAGGGGACCGUGUUGAACUCAUGGAAGGUAGUGUGGGUGGUACUAUCGGAUGAUGGGGUGGAGUUCUACAAGAAGAAGACAGACAGCAGUCCUAAAGGAAUGAUUCCACUGAAGGGCACCAAUCUCAUCAGCCCCUGCCAGGACUACAGCAAGAGAACGCUUGUGUUCAAGCUCACUACUGCAAAGAGCCAGGACCAUUACUUCCAGGCCACUCAUCUGGACGACAGAGAAGUCUGGAUCAAAGACAUCAAAAGGGCCAUCACCUGCCUGCAAGGGGGCAAGAGAUUUGCCAGAAAGUCUACGCGGCGGUCUAUCCGCUUGCCUAGCACUGUCAAUCUGAGUGAGCUGUACACCUUGAUGAAAGACCAAGACACAGGAGUAAAGGAACUGACCAUGGAAAAGGAGAAGAAAACAUUCACCCACUGUUUCCCAGGCAGCACCGUAAUUGACUGGCUGGUCUCAAAUGGACGGGUGAGGAACAGGCAGGAGGGCCUGAUGCUGGGCACGGGGCUUCUCAAUGAAGGCUUCCUUCAACCGGCCGGGGAGCUGUCCAAGAGGGCAGCUGAGGGGGCAGCUGAAUCUGCCCUGCUGGACCAAGUGGAGGCGCUCUACUAUUUUGCAGACAGUGGCUUUGUCUGUGAAGGCUACUCCAGUGAUGAGGAUGUCCUGGUGAAGGAAGAGUUCAGGGGUGCAAUCAUAAAACAAGGGUGCUUACUGAAACAGGGACACCGGAGAAAAAAUUGGAAGGUACGGAAAUUCAUCCUCAGAGAUGACCCUGCCUACCUUCAUUACUACGAUCCUGCCAAGGGUGAGGACGAACCCCUGGGGUCCAUUCACCUGAGAGCUUCAGUCGUGACGGCUGUGGACUAUGUCCCAGAUGCUAAAAAGUACGAUGUGGAUGGAAAUCUGUUUGAGAUCAUCACGUCAGAUGAAACACAGUAUUUCCUGCAGGCAGCCACUGUAGAGGAGCGUAAAGAUUGGAUCAAAGCCAUUCAUACUGUGUCCAAGUCUGGAAAAUAGUCAAUACUCUGAAUGGACAUGGCUAAGCGCUCAUCACGAUAAAGAAAUAUUAAUCAUGAAAUGAAGUAAAAUGUAGAUGUAAUACACACACGUACACACACAAAUGCAUGCACACACUCACAAUUAAUGUAUAAAAGCUUGCCUAUCUGUACAUUACAUGACAUUUACACGUUACAAAUUCAAAUUCAAAGUCUCAAAUGUUCUUUGCAAGAAAGUAAUAAACUGGCAAGAUAUUUCUGUGCUGUUAGGUAAAUGAAGCACGCUCACUUGGAUAUGUGUAUGAAGAGUCAUGUUUGUUUGUGACUGUACUGAGAAUGUACUGUUACUUAAUGUUAAUUGUUUUUACCACAAAUCACUUAUCACUGUAGGAAUACAUGUUAUAAUGUUGUUUGUUAUGUAUACAAUUAAUGUUGUCAGACAAUGACUGUGUGUGGCCGGCCUGUAGUGUAGUGGUUAAGGUAAAUGACUGGGACACACAAGGUCGGUGGUUCGAUCCCCGGUGUAGCCAUAAUAAGAUCCACACAGCCGUUGGGCCCUUGAGCAAGGCCCUUAACCCUGCAUUGCUCCAGGGGAGGAUUGUCUCCUGCUUAGUCUAAUCAACUGUACAUCGCUCUGGAUAAGAGCGUCUGCCAAAUGCCAUUCAUGUAAUGUAAUGUGAGCUACAGCUACGUUGUAACUUGUCUUUGCGAAUACAUAUAAAUUAAAACUUAUUUAGGAUUUCA